AUGGAGGUAACAGGCCAGAUGGAGGUCACGACAGGCCGGAUGGAGGUGACUAAGGACCAGAUGGAGAUGACUAAGGGCCAGAUAGAGGUGACUCAGGGCCAGAUGGAGAUGACUAAAGGCCAUGUGGAUGUAACUGAGGGCCGGAUGGAGCACCCCGCCACGCCCACGUUCCACCAACACACAUGGCUUCGCCCCUCCUCAGGCACCGCACGCCCGUGGCUAAUCCCCCUCUCAUCGCCCAUCAACAGCCACCGCCGAACAGCACAGCACCAACAGCCGCAGCAGCAGCAUCAACAUCAACAUCAACAUCAUCGUCAUCAUCCACAUCACCAUCAUCAACAGCCGCAGCCGCAGCCGCAGCCUCAGCCGCAGCAGCCGCAGCCGCACCUCAGUCCUCCACCCACGCCCACAGAUUCACCCAGACCCAUCCACAAGGACCCACCCCCUGCAGCCCACUCAUCACCGGCACUAGGUGAGAGAAGUGCCAGCAGCGGGGAGAGUGAGGGCGGGGGAGCUGACCCCCCUAAAGACGCGCCCCCCAACGGUCGAGUCUCCGGCACCCCCAGGGAAGAAGACUCCUCCGACACCGACAUGGAGAUAAAGAGCCUCGACCUCACAGCGCGCGUGAGCCUUCGGGAGCGCGAGGGACCAGAGAGGGUGCGACCUAUGUCCUGGGAGGGUGAACUCUCUGACCCAGACCUAAGCAAGCAGCCCGCCCAGGAGGAACAGAUGCGGGUGGACGCGGAGGAGCCUAUGUCACCCAUGUCUCCUAUGUCUCAGGGGUCCGACCAUGACCAUGAGAAACCCACCAUCAGACAGGUAAAAGUCGAGGAGAUUGGAGAGGAAGGCAACGUGUACUGCUCACAACCCGCGUCACACACUGACUCUCCCGUUCCUCCGAGAAGUGAUUCCGGCUGUGAGGUGCAUCCGGGCCCCUACACCCCCAGCCAGAGCCCGCUGUUGCCACGCCUCCAUCCACACACCCACUCCCCCACCCACCUCUACUCUCCCACACAGUCACCGGGACCCAGCAGGCACGUCUCUGGGUUCUCCUCCCCCUACAGCCAUACACCGUCAACAGGCGUCAGUAGGAACAAUAGUGAUGCCUCCCAGUAUGGCGGCUCCUAUAACAGCUACUCCUCUGCUCCAUCACCCAUUUCCCCAACGCACUAUUCCCCUUCACAGUCACCUAUCCAACAACGCCAUAUCAACUUCCCAAUGCCGACUCACCAGUCACCUAACCUGAGUCGCGUCCCGCAGUAUCCAGGAGCAGCUCCUGGGGUCCUCUAUGGUGCACCUCUCGACUUGCGAGACACGCACAGCCUUGUGGGUCAUCCUGACUCCUCCAAGGACCCAAAAGAUGAUGACCGGCUAACAGCAGAUCUGGCACAACACUCUGUGAUAGCAGCACAGUCUGGCAUCACCAGACAACAACUCAUCAACAGCAGCCCCUGUCCCAUCUGUGGAGACAAAAUCUCAGGCUUCCACUACGGCAUCUUCUCCUGUGAGUCAUGUAAAGGGUUCUUCAAGAGAACGGUGCAGAACAAGAAAAACUACGUGUGCAUGCGGGGCGCUUCAUGUCCGGUCACAACCAUCACGCGGAAGAAAUGUCCAGCCUGUAGAUUUGACAAGUGCCUCCGUAUGGGUAUGAAACUAGAAGCCAUCCGUGAAGACCGGACACGUGGUGGGCGAAGUACAUAUCAGUGUGCGCCUUACCCUCUCCCACCUACGUUAGUGACGCCUACCACUUCUGCUCAUCAUUUUGACCCUCAGAGGCUUCCUGAUGCCACAGCAGUAAAGGCUGAACCCUCUGAUAGUGAUGAAGUUAAACCCUCACCAUCUGAUGAGAAUAGACCAGUACCUCUACUCUUGCAGCAAAUCCAUGAUGUAGAACACUUGUGGCACUGCAGUGAAAGUGAAAUGGCAGAGUUACGACAGUCUGAGCAGGCGGCUCGCCAGGCCAUGGAAAAUAAUUCACAAGACUUCUUGAACAACUUGUGCCACAUUGCAGAUCACCGACUGUAUAAGAUAGUCAAGUGGUGCAAAUCUCUUCCACUUUUCAGACACAUAACGAUCGAUGACCAAAUCUGUUUGCUGAUCAACUCCUGGUGUGAGCUCCUACUCCUCUCUUGUUGCUUCCGUUCUAUGGAUUCCCCAGGUGAGAUCAGAGUCAGCUCAGGUCGCACCAUGACCUUACAACAGGCAGAAGUCAUGGGUAUAGGACCAUGCAUUGAGCGUAUGCUCAAUCUAACCUACCAGCUAAGCCGCCUUCAGGUCGACAAGUACGAGUAUAUGGCUAUGAAGGUCAUUGUCCUCCUGUCCUCAGAUGUCUCGGGCUUGCGGGAAGUGGAGAAGGUGCGUGAUUCCCAAAAGAAGGUAGUCCAAGCGCUGCAAGAGUAUACACGCACUCACUACCCACACUUGCCACCCAAGUUCGGAGAACUUCUCCUCCGCAUCCCCGAACUUCAACGCACAUGUCAGGCGAGUAAGGAAAUGCUCUCUAUGAAGAAGAAGGAGGGAGAUGUGCCAAGUUUCAAUUUCCUCUUUGAGCUACUAAGAGGGGACCAUUAGUUAAGGUUGGAGUGCAACCUCGUCUUGAGUGUCAGUUGCUGCAUCUCCCUCAGGUAUGCGUCAUCUCUUCGGGUUCAUAAUAUGUCAAGACGUGGAAUGUUAUCAAGACGAACUACCAUGGAUUAAGGACCAAUUUGCUGCAACAGCAAAACAGGACGUGCAGUUUAUGACUCCGAAGUGAUGAUAUCCCCAUGGCUGUGACAAGUGGACGUCACUUACUCAUCCCACCUUGUGUACUCAUUCAUCAUCAUGCAAACAAGACUCAACAGGAAUAGCGAAUCAUCAAUGAAGCUGUAAAUUUAGAAGUGACAACUCAAGGACAAUUUUCUUUUAUAUAAGUAGAUAUCAUAACAACUUCAUAUAUAAUUCCUA